AUGGAGCGAUCAUCCUCUCAGCGAGACCUUCGAUCCGAACGUCUAUCUCGAACGCCUUAUACUCGACCUGAACCUUCCAGGCUGAGGAAAUCGGCUUCUAUGACUCCCUUUGCAACACUCAAAUCAAUAGUCAACUACGUAUCCUCCCCUUUCACGCGAACUUCGUCUUCAUCUGCCGUCCUUCCUACUCAUUCUACCUCCAAUGAAUUAGCUGUGAGAGUACCGGAUGUGGAUAUCGACCAAAGGUCCGAAUCGGGUUCAGAGGAUGAAUGGAAUGGUGAACCACCAUCCAAGUUGGAAGGUCAGGAUAUCUUUUCUCUGGCCGCUGCAGCCGGCAGAGGAGGUGAUGAGUUCGACAAGAGGGCAGCAAGCUGGAGGAAUAAAGGUGAAGUCCUAGGUGGGAAAAGGCAAUUGAAUAGAUUAGCCCUUCAAAAUUCAUCUUCCGAACUCAAACAACUUGAACCUUCUACACCUACUGCACCAGGCCAUUUCAACUUCCUUAAAUCAUCACCCUCCAUGCCUGCUUUAUCCCAAUCUUCAACGCUUCAAAUACCUUCCGCAUCAACCAAAAGACCCCGAUCGCCGCUCGCUGGUCCCGAAUUCAGCAGCUCGGCAUUACCUCAGAGAACACCCUUGCCUUCUUCCUUCGUCAAUCCAGCACCUACUACGCCGGCCAAUACCCAAGAUUUAUCAUCUUCCGCUUCUUCAGUGGCCUUAACAGCGUUCUUAGAAGCCAAAAAGGGUCAACAGAUGACUCCCGAAGACUUCAGAGUUAUCGAGACUCUGACUGAAAAUAUGAAAGCUGAAUCUCAUCUACCUGGUCAAACCCCGCCAGAAAAGAAACAUGGUGGAUGGGCAGCUGGAUCUUAUCCCUCCGGUUCGGCGAUCAAAUCAUCUCAAUCUUUCGCAUCAUUCAAUACUCCUGAUAAAAGGACGGAAAAUGGAAAUGCUCAAACACCCGGUACGGUAUUUUCUGUUGGCUCAACCACACCUAGGUCGAUAAAUCAAUCUAGUCCUUAUAGACAGAGAUAUCUUGGACCUGGUAUGUCACCAAGAAGGAUGUUUCCUCAACCUAAGAAAUCAAAUUUGAAACCUCUUUUCAACUUUGGAGCUGAGGAAGAAGAUACUUCGAAAGGAAAAAAGCGCAAAACAAAUGAUGAGGAAGAAGUCAUGGAUGUCGAUCAAAAUACGUCUAGUACUAGCAAGGGUUUAUCAUCAAGCGCUUCAAUGCCUUCUCUUUCAGCUUUCUCGGACCCCUCCGCAAAUGAUAAGGGUAAAAACAAACUAUCUGUUCCUUCACAUACACCGGCUAGACCUUCACCGUUAAGUCGAAAUAUCUCGUCGCCCGGAUCAGUCACCUCUACUACACCUGUUGAUGAGAAAGCUAGAAAGAAAGCUGAGGCCGAGGCAGCGGGGAAAAAGAGAGCUGCGGAGAUCAUUAUGGAUAUAAUAGAUGAAGAGAUUGGACCUGUUAUACCUACUCGAAAAGCCGAACCAGUCAUAUUCAACCCAUACGAUCGAACCUCCCUCAAUCCCUCUCCAGCACCUGCUGUACCUCUCACUGUACCCAGUACGGCUUUUGCUGGAUCUACACCUAGGAAAUCGAAGGGCUCCUUCUCACCUGCACGAAGGACUCCUGCGAGAGGUGCUGCGGCGAAAUUGGAGUUGCAUAAAGAAGCUAUGAAGGGUAGUAAGCCGUUAACCACCAUUGAGAGAAUCCAGGGUGUGAAACCGUGGGAAAAGGCUGGAAGCCCCGUUAGGUCUAGUAAGGAUAGAGUCGAAACACCCACGCCGGAUGAAGAUAUAAUAGAAAUUGACGAGCUUGUCGACGAAUCUGAAGCCUCAUCAUCUCGAGCACCUACACCUGCUCCUGCUCCCGUAUCAGCUCCUCCCAUACCUCCAGCGGCAGCUGUAGCCAAGAUUCCAGCAGCAGAGACGUUCAAACCUUUCAGUCCACCUACAAUCACAUUCAACAAUCAACCUCCACCUCAAUCACAACCUGCCGUUAAUGCUGUCGAUACGUCCGCAUUCGAUUCACCCAUGAGGAAAUCUAUCAUUCAACAAUCGUCAUCCUCAGGUGAGGGGACUAUUCCUAAACCUACUUUCUCAUUCAACGAACCAUCUCCUGCACCUUCGCCUGCUGACGAGGAAAUGCAAGAAGAACGAAGAGAGGUCACAGAGAAGCCUGGUACUGGCGAGAAUAGUAAAUUGGAUUUGAACAGAAUAUACCUCUCCGCGAAAGAUUCCGCAUUGAAGAUAUCAAAACCAGCUUUACCUUUCUUUACAUUUACUUUACCACCUCGACCAUUGGAAUCCACUCCGAAGAAGGAAGUAUUGGAGGAAGCCAAAAAGCGGGAUCAACCUACUUUCGAAUUCAGCCUAACAGCAUCUUCCACCACCAAGGUGACUGCUCCUGCUGCUGAAACUCAGUGGACUUGUGGGACUUGUAUGUUGAAGAAUCCAGAUAGUGCGAAAGAAAAAUGUACGAUUUGUGAAGAACCUAGACCUAAAGCUAGUUCGGCAGCAAGCAGUGUAUCCAGCACUUCGACUCUAGUACAACAAGCCAAGAAGAACGAUGAUCAAUGGAUUUGUGGGACAUGUAUGUUGAAAAAUCCCGAUAGUGCAAAGGAGAAAUGUACGAUUUGCGAUGCUCCUCGACCCGCAUCAACCCAAACAUCCAGCAGUGGCGGUAAAACUUCGGGUCAAAGUGGAUUCACAGGAUUUGCAAGUGGCUUCGGACCUAAGAAGACGGAAGGUACUUGGACGUGUCCUAUGUGCAUGUUACAGAAUCCUGAGAGUGCGAAAGACAAGUGUACGAUAUGUGAUACACCUCGAUAG